AGGCCUACUCAAGAGAACUAUAAAACGCCCCUCCCUAUUCUAUGUAGGAGAUAGCCUAUUUUAGUCCGGGUUUCGCUUCUCGCCUAGCAUACCAACCGUUCUUAUUAUCCCUCAGUGAUACAACAGAGGCAGAGGGGAGUGGUUAGAAAACUGUAUGUCCCAGAGAUCGCGACGGCAACCGAACUUGAAUCUAGGAACAUGGCAGCGCGGUCAAGCCAGUCAUGUACAGCUCUGGAGCGGUCAAUCCGGGAGCGGGUCCCGACGCUUCUCACGGACCUCUACCAGUUCACCAUGGCAUAUGCCUACUGGCGGGCGGGCAGGCACAACGAGCCCGCCGUUUUCGAGUUGUUCUUCCGCGACAACCCGUUCGGUGGCGGCUUCUCGCUCUUCUCCGGACUGCACGACUGCCUCCUGUUUCUGCGGAGCUUUCGAUUCACGGACGAAGACGUGGAGUACCUGCGUUCCGUCCUGCCCCCAGCCACUGACCCCGCCUUCUUCCUGUUUCUACGGGAACUGGACUGUUCCGGUGUCACAGUCCACUCUGUCCCCGAGGGAACGGUGGUCUUUGCCAGGGUGCCUCUGAUGGAGGUGUCUGGUCCUCUGGCUGUGGUUCAGCUACUGGAGACCAGCCUGCUGUGUCUGGUCAACUAUGCCAGUCUGGUGUGCAGUAACGCGGCCCGGUUCCGUCUGGCUGCUGGUUCCAGGAGGAAGCUGUUAGAGAUGGGCCUGAGGAGAGCACAGGGACCUGACGGGGGCCUCACAGCCUCAAGAUACACAUACGUCGGAGGGUUUGAUCUGACCAGUAACGUACAGGCUGGCUUCCUGUUUGGAAUCCCCGUGGCGGGUACCAUGGCACACUCCUAUGUCACUUCCUUUUCCUCCCUGGAGGAGGUGUGGCCUCAGACGCUAGUGGCAGCAAACGGGGACCAUGACAACAUCGAUCUGAUCUCGCUGACCAAGGGUUGGCUGGGGCGUGUGUGUGAGCUGCUGGAGGCGGAACCUGGGAAGAUCCAUGAGGGAGAGCUGGCUGCCUUCCUGUCCUACGCCAUCGCAUACCCACACAACUUCCUGCCGGUCAUCGACAGCUACAGUGUUACCUGUAGUGGCCUGCUGAACUUCUGUGCCGUGGCCCUGUCUCUGUGUGAGCUGGACUACAGUCCGCUGGGCGUGCGUCUAGACAGUGGAGACCUCUGCAGGCAGUCAGUAGAAGUACGCCAUGUCUUCAGACUCUGCAGCGAGCAAUUCUCCAUCCCUGCCUUCCAGUCCCUUCUCAUAGUGGGCACCAAUAACAUCACAGAGCACAGCAUGGCCGAACUCAACAAGAAGGAGAAUGAGAUUGAUGUGGUUGGUGUUGGGACACAUCUGGUCACCUGCACGAGACAGCCUUCACUCGGGUGUGUGUACAAGUUGGUGGAGGUUCGGGGCAGCCCCAGGAUGAAGUUCAGUGAGGACCCAGAGAAGAGUACUGUUCCUGGGAGGAAAGCUGUCUAUAGGAUGCUGGAUACGGAGGGCCAUCCAUUCCUUGAUCUGUUGUGUCUGUGUGAGGAGUCUGCACCUAAGGCGUGCGUGGCAGUGAGGUGUCAUCCUGUGGUUGGUGACAAGACCUGUCAGUCAAUCACACCUGCUCAGGUCAGCUGUCUACGCCUGGACGUCUACACUAAAGGACAGAUCACACACCCACUGUGCAGCACAGCUGAGACCAGGGAGAAGGUCCAGAGCUCCAUCCAGACCCUGCACCCCCGACACAAGAGACUGCAGGAGCCAGACUCCUACAUAGUGGCAGUGUCUGAGAAACUCCAUAACUUAAUCGCUGAGAUCAGAAAAGGCAGCAGCAACAACAGCAACUUUCUAUUGGCCAACUGAGACACACAUGCUUGCGUCCCAAAUGGCACCCUAUUCCCUAUUUAGUGCACUUCUUUUGACCAGGGCUCUGGUCAAAAGUAAUGCAC